AUGAAGCAGGUCGUGCACUUCGCGGACAUCUCGUCCGAUCACCGCGAAGACAUCGACAGAGCGCAUAAGAUCGCGCAGGGCAUCCAUGAGAAAUCAGGGACGGAGGCGCUGCAGCACCUGCUCAUGCACCUCCCUGGCUUGAAGAUCAGGCAUUUCACGUUCGGCCGCCGCGGGUUCGAUUGCAUCGAUGAGAACUCCAAUCUGAUCCAGAAUAAGGGUCACACCCGGCGGAUCACCAAGGAGCUGAACACCAAGGGCAGCAUCAUUUUCGGAUGGAAGGAGUCGCUCGUGAAAGAGAUCAUGAGGGGCAUCGCGAACGAGGCGGUGCUGUGCCAAGAGCAUCUCGUCUGCCCCGCCACACUGCGAAAUGUCAAGCGCCCCUUCCUGGUCGGCGUCCUCAAAUCCAUGGUCAAGACGAUGGGCAUGCACGCUCUCGCGAUGAUUGGCGAGCCUGAGAUCGGCAAGACUUUCGCGGGUCGCGCAGCCGCCCUGGCCCGCGCCAGGCGGCGGGCGCGCAAGAUCGGCGGCGAGCGCGUGGCCGCGCUGAAGAGCACGACGGAGUUCGACUUCUUGAGCGGCCAGCCAGGGGGGAAGAGCCGCGCCUGGGCGCACGACAACGGGGCGCUGAACGAGCAGCGCGCUCGGGCGAUCAAGUCCUUCACGGACGCCGGGGGUGACGAGGCGACUCUAGCCAAUCUCAUGGCGUGUCUGAAGCGCUCGGACGAGACCGUCAACUUCACGCACGCCGACGGCAAUUCCUACGUCCUCCACCGCCUCGACUCCGAGGGCGCCGAGCCCGUUCCAUGCUUUGUUUUGGGCGAGUCGAACUUCAUCAACAUGGGCGGCAGGCGCCGCAUUGGCUUGUGGGAAAAGGGCGACCCCCAGUUCGGGGCCGAUUACGACCAAGGCGUGCUGCGGGAGCAGAACUGGCUGGCACAGCUCAUGGGUGACGGCGAAGUCCCGCCGGGGCCCGACGAUGACUCGGGCGCGGAGGACGUUUCCGCGGCCGCCGAGCCCCAGCCGUUCGACAAGCUGAGCUUGGGGGACAUGUGGGGCCGCGCAGCAGCCGCGCCGGGCGCCAGCUCGCUCGCGGAGUUCAAAUGCGCGAAGAAGGGCGCGGUCAAUGAUGGGCCCGACGCUUUGAAGAAGCCCGCGCCUGCCAAGAAGGAGGAGCGCGGCGUCGAGCAGGAGCGGGCGCUUCGCGCGCCGAUCACGCGGGGCCCCGAGGGCCCCUGCAGGGCGGCGGGCUCGACCGAGAAGGCUGACAAUCAGAAGGUGUUCUCGGCGACGCCCGUGGGCGAGGCGACGAUGCAGAAGCUAUCCCCAGGACGUUCGGGCGUCGCCCCAGAAAAGGGCAAGCUUCGGACGGUGCUCAGGCGCCCAUCUGCCACCAAGGCCAAGGACUGGAAGAACGCGCCGUACGUCAGGGCGAAGAACGCGACGCCUGGCGGGGGCUUGCGCCGCGAGCAAGCAACGUGCAAGCGCGCGGUCCCAGAGCUCUUGGCGGCGUCUGACGUGGAGAUCGUGAACAUCUUGCUGGACGACAAGCUGCUCGUCGAUUGGACUGGGGGCGAUCGCCUCUUGCACCGCUGCAACGCGAAGGGCUGCCAGAAGCACGAGCCCCCUGCCCGCCAGAACCCAAUCUUCAGCGAGCACUCGGCGUCCGAGAGCUUGCAGAAGCAGGCCGUGGCCCUACUGGCGAAGCUCGCGGGCAACGUUUGGCAGGCUCGGAGGAUGCACGUGGAGGACGUGGAGCCGACCAUUGAAUACCGUAAGACGAAGGCAUGGGCCGACGUGGAAGCCGACGAGGCGACGUUCGACAAGUUGGACUUGACUGGCGGCCCCGAACCUUUGGAAGACCCGUCGCGCCCCGCCAUGUGGGAGCAGUGGUUGGGCAUUGCGCAGCGCGGUAGGCCGCGCGCGCUGACCCUUGCGAGGCACAGCCCUGAGAUGGCGGGGAAGCGUGCUCCUGGCCCUGGGGCCGCGCGUAUGCGCUGGCUGCUGAAAGACCGCAGUGCCAUUUUUCACACUGGCCCGGCGCGCUCUUGCAAAUUGAAUGCGCCUGGGGUCAUUCACGACUUCGUGAAGAAGGUGCUCAUUCCUCCCAAAUACGUCGGGCUGACGACGCACGUGCUCCCGUCGGGCAAGCACUUGAAGGUCAAGAGCGGCGCGCAAUUCAUUAACCGUACGUGGCGUUUCAUCAAAAACCGCAUCCACAGGAACGCCAACGCCAAGGCAGGAACCAACCUGCUUGCCACCAAGGGCCGCUCGGUCCAGUGCGGCUACUGGCACAAGGACGACGACAUGUGGGCCAAGACGGGGGAUAUGGUGCAGCACAUCAUGCGCGACCAGCUGACUGCGUGA